GCCAAAAACCCACAUAAAACCCUUAUUAUAUCUUCCUUCCUUCCUUCUCCUCCCACACGUACAGAGAAAAUCACCGACUCUUGCGCGCGCGCAGGGAAGGGAAGGGAGGGGAGGGAGAUGGACCUCGACGACGAUCUCGACGACCUCGGCAAUCCCGCCCCGGCCCCCGCCCCGUCCCGAGCCACCAAGUUCGCUCCCAAGUUCGCUCCCAAGUCCUCCAAGGCACCGCUCAGGCCCAAGCCGAAGCUCGAGGACCCGGCGCCGGCGCCGGCGACGGAGCCGCGGCGAGCCGAUGCUCCGAUCCCGAGCAAGAAGGAGGAAGGAGAUGAAGAAGACGGGGAAGGGAAGGAUUUGAAGCCGCCGGUCGGUGUCGCGGCGGCGGCGGCGCGGGAGGAGUCGGAGCCGGAGCCGUCGACCUCGAACGGGGUUGCGCCAAUGGAAGCGGACCGCAAGCCGGAGGAGGAGGAGGAGGAGGAGGAUCAGCAGGAGGAAGCGGUGCCGAUGGACGCGGACGGCGGCGGCGGCGUGGGCGACGAGGUCGUGCGCGAGAUCGACGUCUACUUCAAUCCUUCCAUCGGCGCCAGCGCUCAGUUGUACGUGAUGCAGUAUCCGCUGAGACCGUCGUGGCGGCCGUACGAAAUGGACGAGCGUUGCGAGGAGGUCAGGGUGAAAUCGGGCGGUUCCGAAAUCGAAGUCGAUUUGUCCAUUGACGUGGACUCCAAGAAUUAUGACGGCGAAUGCAGUAGCAGAUUAAUGAUGACAAAGCAGACUUUGUCAUCUUCAUGGAGGCCACCCUGUGCAACUGGCUAUGCUGUUGGUGUUUUGAUGGACAACAAGCUAUACUUGAACCCUGUACAUGCAGUGGUACAGCUUCGACCGUCGAUGGCCCAUCUUACUUCUGAUUCCUCAAAGAAGAACUAUGUCAAGGGCGAAAAUGAAGUCAGUGUUAAAGCAGAAGAAUCGAACGAAGAAAAAUCUGCCGGUUCAUCUAAGAAGCAGGCCAAAAAAAUGGCAUCUUCUGCUGAACAAGAGUUAGAGAAUGAUGAGCUCUGGAUUCAAUUGGAGUACCAUAGCUCAAAGAGUGAUCUAUCAACCCAUUAUCUACACGGAAUGACGGCAGAAGAAAAUUCUCCUAUUCUUUUCGCAAUGAAUCCGUGUGAUUAUGUUGAUUUAUUAUGUCCAGGAGUGCACAAGCAGAACCUCAAAACAAAUGGUGCUUCGAGAAGGGCCCUAUUGUCAACUCCACCGGAUGAGAGAAUUAGGAUGAUGCUUUGUCAGGGUCCUGAAGUGCAUCGUUACAGUGCUCUAAGGUACAACGUUCCUGAUGUUUCCGAUGAUGUCUUCCUGAGCGAAUUACAGCGUAAUGCUCUGUUGGUGCAAGGAUGUUGGGUUCCCAAGACUGCAUUGAUAUUACAAAGACCUUCUACUGAAUCUCUGGUUAAAGGUUAUCGCCUCGAUGUGUGGGCUAGAGAUUAUACCCUUCUUAAGUUCAACAAGAAGCCUGUGGUUCACAUCUCAGAACUACCUGUUAAGAAAAUACUUGCUGAUGCCAUUAAAAAGUUCCUGAUUGUCUUCGCCACUGAAAGGUCUUCCUUACGUGAUUGGAAGUUUAAGCAGGAAACUGAUGUUUCAUUUAUGAAAAAAUAUCCAGAUAUUGUAAGCAAGCAAAAGCGAAUCUGGGAGGGCAUUGAGACAGAAAUAAUGAAAUCCUUGACGAAACCUGAGCAAGGUGACAAAAUUGGAAGAGGUCAGGAUAAUUCAAAGAAUGCUCAAACCAAAGUUGCCAUUGCUAGUAGGGCAGACAAACCUCCAAGUUCAGACAAAACAUCCAUAAAAGCUACAAGCAGAGUUGCCCCUGGCAGGAGAACUAUGUCAAAUGAAACCCUUGAAGCUUUGCCAAAGGCUUUGCUGAAAAUCUUUCAGAGUCACAAGGUUUGCGACUUUCAGUUUAUUUGUCAACGUCUGCGGGGUUUGGCACUUUCUCAGGCCACUCUUCCCAAAGCGGAUCCUAGAAUGGAAAAAGCUGCAGCACUUGGGGUUGAUGCCCCUCCAGAUGAACUUAAGAAAGUUAUUGCACAAGUUGCAGUAAACAUUCAUGAGCUUUAUGUUUUGAAGUCAUCCCCAGAGCACCCAGAACUUGAUCCAUUGAGGGAAGUUGUUAUACACCUCCUGAUAGGUAAAGGACCCAAUGCAACACUUAAGAGGGCCGAAAUAUUUCAAGCUGCCAAGAUGGCUCUGAAGAGAGACAUUGCAAAUGCUGAAUAUACAAAGGUCAUGAAUGAUCUGUGUGAAUCCAAGGGUUCUUUCUGGUUUCUGAAAAGCAGCAACGUAUGAUUUACAUGAUCAGAACAAUCAAGUGAUGCAAGACAUGCUUCAGUGCCUGGCGGAGAGUCCACAUGGCAUAUCAUAAGUUACUGACAAGAGAAGGUGAAUUUACUUUGGGCUGAACCAUCAAAUAUCGAGAGUGAAGUAUCGCGAUUUUGACCUAGUAUUUUGUGGAGACGAGAAGACACAGAAGAGUUAAAUCUCACUAUUGAAUACGAUGACUCUCUUAUGCAUACGAGGGAAAAUCGACAAUUGGUAUAGCGGUAUUGGUGUCUAAUUAAUUCCGACUUCUGUUUCUUGUCUUGCUCUUGCGGCAUUUUGAAGCUCUUGUGAGGUAUUUUCCUGUAA